AUGCUAACCAUAUCCGAAGUGGAAGACCACUCAAGACUGAUGGUGGCAAAGCGGCAUUCAUCGCGUUCGCUGGAACCGCUUGAGGUGCAGAAGAAUAACGUUGAUGAAGACGAAGAUAUGGAACCAGUAGAUCUGGAAAACGAGGAAGCUGCGGAGGAAGAUGUUCAACAUCAAAACGAGGAUGUUGAAAUGCCGUUGUGCGACAAUAAGCAUGAGGACGUUCAGGUUGUCGCUGCAGAAGAGGAUGAGAUGGACGAAAAAGUGGAAGAAGAAGAAGACGUCGAGGUCAAAAACGGUUCGUCCGUGGUAGAAGAGGUCCAGAUGAGGGAUGCUGAAGAAGAAGAACCACAGGUAUCACCAUUGCUGAUCUUGAUGCAUGCUGUUCAUGGUUAUCAUUUAAUAUUCUUGCUGAGUGAAGAGUGUCUGCGUCUGUCAUAUUAUGUCAAUGUCUAUGUGGAAGUGGAGUGUGUGUUUGAAUCUGUGCAAGAAGUUGGAUCAGUUUUUUUUUGAGGCAAAGGCGACUUUCUAAACAACACUUCUUCUACGGACAACUUUCUGAACACAUAUAGGUAAUAAAGGCGGAUUCAGUUUUGGCCGCUUCAAGCAAGAAAGGUGCCAAGCAGCCGCAGACAGAGUUCCCAUCUCUGCAGGAAUUUCUUGAUGGGUGUGAUGCUACUGGCCGUUGCGGUGGACGACCUGCAUCAAAGGCUGCG